AUGGAACAAAUGGAAAUUUAUGCAAAUACUAGAACGUAUCGCGUCGCUAAGAAGAAUGGAGACGAAUCUGAGCCGGAAGUGGUACAGGUGGGUGAAAUGAAGAGGUCAGAUGCUGGCUUACGGAUGGAAAUUUCCCAAUGGAAGAGCAAUGUUACAGGAAAUAUUCGGCGCUUAAGCAGCUCAGUGGCCGGGUUUCAGGUUGAAGUUUCACAUCUAAAGAAACUGCUGAGUUGCCCUCACGGAUGGGUCAACUUCAAGCAAAGCUGUUAUCUGUUUCCUUCAAGCUCACAUACCUGGGAGGAGGCCCAGAAAUCUUGCAUGUCAGCGGACGCCCACCUUGUUGUCAUUAAUAAUGCUGAAGAACAGGACUUCUUAAAGAAAAAAGAUCGUGUCCGUCGCUGGAUUGGUCUCACUGACAAAGCCUCUGAAGGUGACUGGCGCUGGGUGGAUGGAACCGAUUAUAAAUCCUUUGCAAAAUUUUGGAAUAAGGGAGAACCCAAUAAUGAAAAUGACGAAGACUGUGUGGAGAUGUAUAUUGGUGGAAAUUGGAAUGAUUUACCCUGUAACGGAACUUUGGGGUGGAUUUGCGAGAAACCAGCGCAGUGAUAUCCCCCGUCGUGUCACAGUUGGUGCACAAUGGCCAAUGAACCAGUUUAUCAACGUUGAGCGUGUAGCAGCAAUAUGAUCGCGGAGUACGAGUAUUUUGGGCUAUGUGGGCUAUGUUGGC